AUGCUUUUAGCAGCUGAUUAUUAUUUUGAUACAAUUUUCCUUACAUUCCUCAUUACUUUGGCGUGCAUCUCGUUAGCUCAAGCCGACAUCAGUCUCAAAAAUGGCAAAAAAUCUUCCACAAAAUUGGAUCCUGUGCUUCGUAAAGCUCUUCUAAAAGCUCUUACCAACUUGGAAAAGGAAGCUCAAGAAAAUGGCGAAGAAAGUGCAACUACUGAAGAUCCCAACGACGAAUAUGACUUCAAUACAACUGUUGAAUCUGAAACAUCUUCUCCUGAUGAGGCUUUGGAAGAAAGCACAAAUGACGAUGGCUUAACUGAACAAGUUCAUUAUCACUCAUUCGUUGCUGAUGGCAACAAUUCAACAGACGAUGGAUCAGAAGAAGAAAUCAUCAAAACAAUCAUCAUCAAGCGUCCUAAAACAACUUUAACUCCUCCAUUUGAAGAAGACAACAAAGUUGACAACUUUGACGAACCAAAUCCCAUUUUAGAGAACAAUGAUUUCGCCAUUGAUUCUGUUCAAUUGGCAAGAAGUGUUGUGACAACAACUGUAGAUGCCAAUGAGUUUGAAAAGAAAACUGAAAAGAAGAAGAAGGAUGAUAAGAAAAAGGUUUCAUUGCCAAAGAGACAGGAAACAACUGAACGUCCUACGACAACAACUCCUGAAUCAGUUACCAAUGAAGAUGGCGAGAACAUUGAAAAAGUCAAAGAAGGAGAUGUGAAGAUUUACAAAGCUAUUGAUGUUGCUGCCUUGACUGUGGUUCACGAUAAUGAUGGCGUACCUCGUCAAGUUAUUCCUCUUGAAUUCCGAUCGCCUAAUCCACAAACUCCGGCAAAACCAAUCAUGGCAUUCAAUAUUGAUCCUGUGACAACUACAACUCCUCAGACGACUAUUGAACCUCUUACGACUUCAACUGUUUUUGAAUCAACUGCAUCUUCUACUCAAGUUUCAAGUACAACUCCUGUUCCAUUGAAUACUGAACCAUUCUUUGAUACAGCUGCUAUUGAACAACGUCAACGAGAAAUCGAACAACAAAUUGCUUAUUUGAGAGAACAGCAAAGACAACAAGAAGAGUUACUCAGAAGAUCACAAGCUUUGCGUGAACAAGAAUUCCUUAAGCGUCAACAGCAACUUUUGUAUGAACAACGUUUACGAGUUGAAGAAGAGCAUCGUCUUAGAUUACAAGCUGAACAUGAAAGAAGACAAAAAUUGGAACAAGAACGUUUCCAACAAUUCCAAUCACAGCAACAAUUUCCUCCUCAGCAGCAGCAGCAAUUCCCUUCUCAGCAGCAGCAGCAGCAACGAAACUCUGUGAUUCAAGUAGUUCCAAGUGUUCAACUUCCCAAUACUCAAACAGUUUCAAUCAACGUUGAACAACAACUUCCCGUGAAACCUGCUGUUGAUUUCCAUCCUCGUAACAACAUUCAAUUCGUUCGUCAACCUCAAAUUCAACAAAACUCUGCCAACAUUCAAAUCACAAAAUCCAACGAACAACCUUUCAUCCAACAAAUUUCAACAGUGCCACAGCUUCCUCAAAAACCUGCCCAAAAUUUCCUCAUUAUUCAACCGAGUAACGUUCCAUUGCCUCCCUUGGUUGGUCCUCAGCAACAACUCCCAAUCAAACCAUUCCAAAACUUCCAUAGCAACUCUUUCCAUAACGGAGCUGAUGUUCAGCAACGUCAACAAAUCACAAGCAACGUUCAAAUCACUCAAAGUCAAUCCCUGAAUCCCAUUCACACAGCUGACAUUGUUGCUCAUCAACUCACGAAGAAUCGCGUUUUCCGUAAUGAUGCUGCGCAAACUGGAAACUUUGGUUUCAACCAACAGCAAAAUUUCAACCAACAAAGAUUCCAACAACAAAAUCAACAAAGAAACAACUUCCGUGCCUCACAACCUUUGAACUUCCAACCAUCGAGUAUUGAUCAACAAAACAUCCAAAAUUUGCUGUUCAACUCUGGCAUUACUUUCAACAAUCCACGAUCCGCUGAAGAGGAUUUCAAUAUAAUCACAAAGGUUCUUGCCUUGAAUCACGGAAUCGAGCCAUCACAAACGAAUAAUUUAGGAUUAGGUUUCGGGCAACAACAACAAAGGUUCAGACGGAAUCUGUAA